AUAAAGCAAUUAAUUAAUGGUGUUGUUUCUCGCUUGAUAACAGCCUUAGAAGAUUCACUCUGCUAUUCACCACGAUCUUCAUACGUUGCUGUUGUCGCGAUCGAUUUCGGGACAACCUACAGUGGUUUUGCUUUCUCAUUUAUUAAAGAUCAUGGCAAAGAUUCGAUCUUUAUGAACAGAGACUGGGCGAAUGAACAAGGGGGGCGGACCAGCAAAACACCAACUUGUCUGCUACUGAAUUCUGACCUGUCAUUCGACUCGUUUGGAUACAAAGCGGUUGAAAAGUAUGCAGGUCUUCAAGAUGAGUGCCAUGAGGGGGAAUACCUGUUUUUUCAGCAUUUCAAAAUGGAUCUUCACAAUGACAAGACCAUCAACACAGAAACAACUAUCAAAGCUGCCAACGGGCGCCUUGUCAAAGCCAAGACAGUAUUUGCCCAUUCAAUUAGGUUUGCACUGACUGUUUUAUCUUGGCUUUGUUUUUGUUCAGGAGGCACCCUUGACGUCACAGUACACGCCAUACACGGCGACGGUAACAUCAAAGAGAUCCACAAGGUGACAGGAGGUCCAUACGGCGGAAUGAAGGUGAAUCGACAAUUUGAAGCCCUCUUGGAUGAGCUGCUCGAUGUGCGGAAGCUCCAAACCUACCGGAAACAGUAUUCAUCUGAUUGGCUCUGUCUAAUGAACGAGUUCGAGGGCAAAAAGAGAGGAGAACGCAUUUUGGACAGCACAGUGAUGACAAACAUCCGAUUACCACGCAGUUUUGUGACCCUGGUAAAUCAGUGCUGGAGAUCACGCUACGGCGAAAAAGAUAUUAAACUGAAAAAUAAUGAGUAUCUCGCUCUCAGUUCAGAAGUAAUGAAAAAAUUGUUUGUUCCGGUAAUUGAGGACAUCAAGAAGCAUUUAAGAUCCCUGCAGGGAAAUCCACAGCUGUCAAAGGUGAAAACAAUGCUACUGGUUGGAGGGUUUGCCGAUUCUGCUCUUCUUCAGAAAGAAAUUAAGAGUGAAUUUUCCAGGAAGUUCAGAGUACUGAUCCCCAGUCAUGCAGCCAUUGCUGUCGUUCAAGGUGCCGUUAUGUUUGGCAAGAAGCCUUCAAAAAUAACCGAAAGAGUGGUGCGGACAACUUAUGGGGCGGAUUGUUCGCGGGAUUUUAUCCACGGCGUCCAUCGUGAAGAAAAGAAGUUUGUUGCAGAUGGCAUUGAGAAGUUAUGUCAUUUCUUAGCAGUCUCGCCUCCUUGGCCGAAUUCUUUAGUGAAGAGAAAUCGUCGUUACUAA